ACCUGGCCAACGUUUGUGUUUUCUGAUGUACUUCCAGUCGUACAGUGUCGGUUUCCACCACUUGGAGUGCUGUUAGAUACCAUAACCUUGAGUUGUUGCACUUUGGUUACUCCGGUAAUACAGUAGUAUGUCUUCGGCUGCGGGCCACCCUCCUGUAGCUCCGCGGCUACUCACUUAGCUCCGUUAGCCGCUAAUGAGCGCACACGGCGGUUGCUUCUCGGCCUCGGAAUGCCUCGGAGAAAGAAAAACGACCAGAGCCCAGCGAGGCUCCCCGGCGGGCCGCCAGAAGGGGGGAACCUCGGUCACAACUCGGGUUACCCACUACCUCAGCUGAACGAGAGGGCAAUGGCGAGCAACUUUCCAGCCAGCGCGUCCGUGUCCGGCGCCGACAAGGAGAAGAUGGUCAAAAGCAUGCAGGAGAUGUUCUCACACCUGGACCCCGAAGUUAUUUACAUCGUGCUCUCCGAGUGCGACUUUAAAGUUGAAAAUGCGAUGGACUCUCUCCUGGAGCUCUCCGUGGCAGCAGAAGAUGCAGCCCCGAUCCCUCCUCCUGUUUCUGGCUUUGAGCGCACUGCUGCAGCCCUGCUCAGUCCGAGUCACUUUUCUAAACCAGCAGCGGACCCAGACUCCUCCAAACCAUUGCAGCAGCCUUCAUCUCCUCCCUCCACAAACCUCAUGACAGAAGAGCUGGACCUGCUUGUUGAUCAGGAGCUACAGACACUAACCGCACUGCAAGAUCUAAAGGAGGAGCACCACAACAGCAAGUAUUUAUCUGCUGAUGCAUCCCUUUCCUCUUUCCCUCCACCACCUGUCCCUCAGCAGGCCCUCCCUGAGCUGCUUCAGUCCAGCCUGGAGCCUGGAUUCAGAGGGCCCUCUGCCAAGCAGCCGGGCCCAGUGGGAGGCUUGUCUGGAGCUUCCUCUCCCCUCAACCAGCUCAGCACGUGGGAAGGCGACAUUGUUGAGGGGCAGCAAUCUGUCAUGGAUUUCACACACCUAAUAACAGAAACAUCUGCAGACAAGCCCAAACCUUCCCUGGACCUGGCAGCUUCAGGGCGGCCUUCAGCUUUUCAGGUAUAUAAAAAGCAAGACCCUCCCUCUGGGCUCAUGCACUCUGAUGCAAUAGUUGGUGGAGCAAGAUCUAAAGUGAACAUGCUGAAUCGGGAGCUGCUGGGCUCCCCUUGGAACCCAGAGGCCCCAGUUUUUUUGCCUCGUGUCCAUUCAAACCAGGGCCCAGCCUUCAUUACUCCUGUGGCUCAGUCGCCCUCCAACUGGCCCAGCCAGCCCAGACAUGCCUCUCCCUGGCUGAGUCAGGCCUCUGUCAGUCAGGCACCUCUCAAACCUUCGGCUACUAUUCCAAAAUCCUGGGCCGUACCUGCUGCUCUACAGGUCUCUGCUCGGUGCAACAGGCUUCGUUUAGAAGGGAAGCUGCUUGUGCUGCUUCGUGGCGCUCCAGGAUCUGGCAAGUCAACCUUGGCGAGAGCCUUGUUGGAGCAGAACCCAGGCGGAGUCAUACUCUGCACUGACGACUAUUACUACCGUAAUGGAACCUACCAGUUUGACCCCACUACCUUGGGGGAGGCCCAUGAGUGGAACCAUAAACGAGCCAGAGAGGCUUUUGAGAGGGGAACUAAACCUAUCAUCAUUGACAAUACCAACAUGCAGGUCUGGGAGAUGAGACCCUAUGUAGCUCAGGCACUAAAACAUGGAUAUAAGGUGCUGUUCAGAGAGCCGGACACUUGGUGGAAGAACAAACCCAGAGAGCUGGAGAGACGGACAACACAUAAUGUACCAGUGGAAACAAUCCGCCGCAUGCUGAAUGGAUAUGACCGCUUCGUCACAAUCCAGUCCAUUAUGGGCUCACGGAUGCCUGAGCGGAAACAGCGGCUCCUCCUGGAGAACAAAGACUCACAACUACUGUCGCCUGAAACACCUUGUCCCGACCUCGUAGAUCAGCCUGGAUUGAGCGACGGAUUCAAAAAGUCUCGUCCUCAGCUGUUUUCCUCCCUCCCAGAUGUAUCAUCUGUUGGUCGCUCUGGAGAGGUAGAAAUGCUGGAGGAUGGCAUCCACAAAUCCACCGAAUCGCUUAAUGUCCAACUCAGUGACAAAUGUACGGACAACCCUGAAAUUUCUAAUGGGGACAACUUUGAUUUAGGGGACUUAGAUUCUGAGCUGGACGACCAGUUGAACCACCUGACUCAUCCAAAUGGAGACCAGAAAAUCCCGGACUGCAUUGUGGAAUCAGUGAUGAAUGAAGAUUCAUGGGGAGCUGAAAUGCCUGUUGCUUUCUCUGAAUCUAUUGGACAGAGAGUGAGGAGAGAACGGCCAAGCAGGAGGUCGUGUUUUGACAACAUGGAGCCUGCAGACCUUGUAAAAGAUACUAACCAGGCAGACAACGAGGCAAAGGAGAAAGAAAGGACAAAGGAAGAGGAACCAGAAGGGCCUGAGUUAGUAACACACAUGAGUGAGAAGAGAAUGCAUGAGAUGUUGAAUUUUGUGGGAGACUGGCCUUCUGAAGGGUCUCUUGAACAACGACAGGUGAGAAAACGAGAAACCCAAAACGAAGUACAUGGGAGUAAAGAUGAAGAUGCAUCUCAAGACGACAACAACCAUAAACAUAAAACAGUGAGCACACACUCGGGCCCUGGUAUAACCGAGUUUCAGAAGCUUCUUGAUCUUAUCCAGACUGGUGUAGUCGCAACUGAGACCAGCUCUUCCCGCUCAUGCUCCAUUUCACCAAGUUCUGGAGAGGAAUUGGAGAAAGAGGAUGAGGCAGGUGGCUGGCUUGAGGAAUCCCAUGGCGGUAGAUCUAACAGGGAGGAGAGAAAACUAAACAAUAACAGGAAUAACAUCAGCAGAGGGGAAUUACCUGACUGUGUGUUAGACUGGAAGGCAGCUGACCCUUGUGUUGUCAGAGAACUAAGAAUUGAUGAUUGGGAAGGACUUAGAAUUGAAAAUGAAGCAAGUACUCUCACAGAAAGGAAUGUUACUGUCCCAGAGAUUGAUAAAGAAUCUGUGGAUUUGCAAACACCCAAUGCAGAAAAUCCUUUUCCAGCUCUUUUUGAGAGGACUAUGGACAUACCCCCCAGUAUUGAAGGUGAAGGUGGAACAAAUGUGGACAGCUGCACAGAGAAUGGCAGAGAAACUAAAACUGAGACUGAUGGCAGCCAUAUUAGUGACACGGGUCAGAGUACUGUGUGUGAGGGCUCUGUGGAAACAGAAAGUAGUCCCUUUAGUCAGGAGAAGAAGCAGCGUCAGGGUCGAAGAUCAGGGAAGCAGUGCAAGCUAGCCCUCACUUUCACUCAAAACUGCCCUGAUUCCUUAUUGAACACUCUGGACAGUUCCAAUACCACAGCUCAAGACAGUAGUCAGAUUAGCAUCAACUCAGAUGUCAAACACUACUUUAAUCCUAACACUAGUCUUGACCUCAAGCCAAACUUUGAGUCCAAAUCUGAGACACACCCGCAGGAGGCUUCCCCUCUUCCUCUAGUGGACACAGGUUGCUUCACUCAGACAGAACCUCAAGACUUUGCCUUUCUUUGGCGUCUCAAUCGGACAGACAGCCCCGAUGAUGCGGUUGUCAGUGCAGGCAGCCACUCCAGCAGCAUCAAGGUCGCAUCAGGCGACUCUUCUCGUUUUGUGCCGGAGCGCUCCUCUGCUGUUUCUGCAGCAGUUGCAGUUCACCCGUCUGGCCACAGAGAGGUACCCUACCGUGUGGUGCAUGAGAAAGGCACACAGGUGGAGGAGAGAGAGCUUGGAGUAACUCAAGACCGGCUUGAGAGCCUGCGCAUUCUCAGUCGCCAUUUUAAACUAGUGAGUUUUGACACAUUAGAAGACCUGUAUGACAAAUGUCAUCAGGACUUAGAGUGGACCACCAACCUGCUGCUGGACUCUGGAGAGAGGUUCUUUCGAGAUGAGGAUGGUGAAGGGGAGGAGGAUGGUGUAGUUGAUGAAGAUGACCACGACGCAUCCAGUCUUCGUGCAGCUUUAUCCAAGGCUGCAGAAACCAGUUCAUGUCCUAUUGUAUUCGAUCAGCAUCAUCCUGAAGACUGGCCAAUGAGAGAGACAACUGUGAAUGAGGAGGAAACCCAGCCGUCCACCUGUGAGACAGCUACAGCGUCUAAUGAGAGCACCAGUAAUAUUGAUGUGUCUAGUUUUGGAGGUGUAGCUAUUUCAGUUACAAACACAGAUCAUCCUGAUACAACCUCAGACUUAGAAACAUAUCCACAAGCAGAACCUAACUUGCCUAAAGCAGUAAAGGAAGGAGAGCAAUCUGACAACACCGAACACAGAGUGAUAUCUGAGCUUGACCUUGAAGGUGGAGCUUGGGGUGGGAGCUUGGAUAAUGGAGUCAUAAUUGAAGAGUCAAGAAUUGAGACUGAGGACGACAUUGCCAGCUUGGAUGAGGUCAACCGCCUGCUGCUGGCUGAGCUGGAAGAAUUGGAGAGAAAGAAAAAUAAGAGGAAAGAGGAGAGAAGAAGUCAACAUCUGAGUAUUCAGAGUGUGGAGCUGAAACUACCCACUGAGCUGGCAUUACAGCUCACUGAACUGUUCGGUCCUGUUGGAAUAGACCCAGGUACCUGCUCAGCCGAUGACUACACAGUGCAUAUGGACCUGAACCUGGCUAAACUGCUCCACCAGAAAUGGAAGGAAACCAUCCAGGAAAAGCAAAGACAAGCAACUCUUUCCUUUCACCUACUGCAGGAAAGUUCGACACACUGGGGUGACUCACAGGUGGACAAACCUGGAGCACAAGACCGGACACUGCCAGCCAAUUUUCUGAUGAACACGGAUGGUUAUAUGUCACUGGACAACCAGCCAGACGCCUUUGGCUGGAUGCCGCUCAUGGACCACUGGAAUGCGUCCCGUCCACAUGUGUCUCUUCGAGAUAUUAUAAAAGAGGAACAGGCUUUGCAGGAGAACGUAAAGAAGACCAGACAAAGUCGUGGAGAACUUGACCGACGUGAUGGAGCCACGUUGUUGAAAGAGAACCAGCUGUACUCCCUGUUCCCUGCCAUUGACAGGCAUUUUCUCCAGGACAUCUUCAGAGACCACAAUUACAGCCUGACCCAGACAGAGCUGUUUCUACGCUCUUUACUCGACGAGGAACCUGUGAAGACGGUAGUUGCCCCAGAAGCUCCUCGGGCUGACCACCACAGAGCAGCCAGCAAGGAGAGGGAAAAGAGGCAGAAGCCCAUGGAAUCAGCUGUACCAAACUACCAAGACAGAGAGGACCCCGAGUAUGAAGACUUCAGGGCCGAGGCCAGCCUUCAGAGAAGUCGACAGCUCGAGAGCUUCACGAAGGCUGCCGAGGCCUACAAGCAGGGGCGCAGAGAAGUGGCCUCAUUUUACGCACAGCAGGGGCACUUGCAUGGCCAGCGGAUGCGUGAGGCCAAUCACCGUGCAGCAGUUCAGAUUUUUGAGAGGGUCAACUCAUCGCUGCUGCCCAGAAACAUCCUGGACCUCCACGGGCUGCAUGUAGACGAGGCCCUAGAACAUCUGGCCCAGGUCUUACAGGACAAAAGCACAGAUUGCGAACAGGGUCUGUGUCGACCUCAGCUCUCUGUCAUCACAGGAAGAGGGAACCACAGCCAGGGGGGCGUGGCCCGCAUCCGCCCCGCCGUUAUAGACUACCUCACCAACAAACACUACAGGUUCACUGAGCCAAAGGCAGGCCUUGUGUUGGUCUCUUUGAAGUGAAAAAGAACCUGUUUUUUGGAUUCAAACUAAAGCUGCUGUGGAGGACAACUCUCUUUAUCCGUCAUUCUCCACGUCUGCGAUGCCAAACUACAAUUUUACAGUGUAUACAGCGUGAUAGCCGAUGUGUGUCUUACUUCUGUUUGUCAGUUUUGGUAGUUUUUUUUUUGCUCAUCCUGUCUCUCUUUCUUUGUCUAUAAACCCCCAGAUUUGUAACGGCUGGUUAAACUGAGGCUAUAUUCAGUUCAGAUUUUAAUGUUUAAUAUUUUUUUUUUCGGUGUUUAUGGAAAAGGACUGCAUUAGUGUGAAACAAAAAAAGGAUAUUUUUCUGCAUCUGUAAAGUGAGAAUACAAGUAUACUGUAUUGUAUAUUUAAAAAUAUUUUAGUGUACAUUUGCCUGUAUGUAUUUUAAAGAGUGAAAAGCUCCUGUGUCUGGCAGGCUCCCUGUUAAAUAAGUUAUUUAAUCAUUUCAACAUUUAAUAAUCUGGAGUCAUGUUUAAGACACACUGUAAAUAUUUUAUGCAACUUAAUUUGAUGAUCGCUUGCUGCCUGCUCGAAAGUUUGUGUUUCUCUCUUCUGCUUUUUUGAGACAUAAUUUAAGCAUUGUGUUUGGUGUUAGUUAUACAUUUACUGUUUCGCCACCACAAAGCCAAAUGCAUAGAAAGAAACAACACCCGUCUGAAACUCCACAGAUAAUCAAAGGCCAUUAACCUCAUCAGUUUUAACCUCCACUGUGACACUCUUCGACGUCUUCGCAGCUGCUUCUGCAACGCAUUCCUGUUCGUUUACUUUUGCAUGAGUCCAAACAAAGUUUAGCUGCUAAUAUAUUGAUACUGAAACUCAGGUGACACUUGAAUAAUUCUAAGUUUUCGUCUCUUUCGAGACCAGUUGAUUGUUUCUAGCCUGGUAGCUUUUUAAAAACACAAUGUGCCAAAUUUUGCUACAUUAAUUUUGUAGACUUCAAAUAUCUUCUGUUUUUUCUACCAGUGUAAUAUUUUUUCAUAAAAUGCAACAACAGUGUUGACAGAUUUCACUGACUGUACAUAAUGUUAUGAGCACAUGAAAUCUGAAAAAAUAUGUAUUUUUUACAGUAAUUUGUUGGUAAGGUUUUACAGAGCAUAUAAUAUGGUGGAAUAAAAUCCUAUUUGUUUACAGUU